AUGCAAAGAAGCUCAUGUGUCUUUCGUUCGCUCUUCCGACGCCACGUCUUGUUGUUGCUAGGGUUUCGUUUCGCCUCCCAAUCGUCCGGAUCGAUUGCGGCCGAGGAAGGCGAGAAGAAGAUGAUCACGCUCAAGAGCUCGGACGGUGAGGAAUUUCAGAUCGAGGAGGCGGUCGCCAUGGAGUUGCAGACCAUCCGCCACAUGAUCGAAGACGACUGCGCCGACAACGGCAUCCCGCUCCCCAACGUCGACUCCAAGAUCCUCUCCAAGGUCAUCGAGUACUGCAAGAAGCACGUCCAGGCCAGCCCCAAACCGACCGAAUCCGGCACCAGCUCCUCCACCUCUACUGCAGCCGCCGCCCCCGCCGAGGACCUCAAGAGCUUUGACGCCGAGUUCGUCAAGGUCGACCAGGCCACCCUCUUCGACCUCAUCCUGGCUGCAAACUACCUCAACAUCAAGGGAUUGCUCGACCUCACUUGCCAGACUGUUGCAGACAUGAUCAAGGGAAAGACUCCGGAGGAGAUCCGCAAGACUUUUAACAUCAAGAAUGACUUCACACCCGAGGAGAAGGCGGAGAUCCGCAGGGAGAAUCAGUGGGCUUUUGAGUAG